CUGUCACAGCAGCAACAGCAGCAGCAGCAGUUGCAGCAGCAACAGCAGCAGCAGCAACAGCAGCAACAGCAACAGCAGCAGCAGCAGUUCCAUCCAACAUGCAGCGGCAUCAGCGGCCACAUGAAUGCUGGCGUCAGCCAAGCCAACUCAACGCAGGCCCCAUCCCUGGCAAGGACGUCUGGUGGUGGUGCUGCAUUUGCUGGCAGCCUCCACCGCUGCGCGUCAGCACCCCAGCUUCAGGCCCUCGCAACUUUGGCGGAUUCUGCAGCUACCAACAGCAGCGGUGGCGUGUUGCCGCUGGCGCAGCCCUCUGCCGUGCUCUCCCAUCAG